UACACUUUGCACGGCGGCGUCCGGCGUCACUACGUUUAGAUACGUGCGUAUGACGUCACGGUGUGGCGCGGUGAGGCUCCUUUAGCCGUGGAUUGUUUCUCCUGUCGUAGGGAAGGAGCUAGAAUUUAGCCGCGUCGCUGGCCUGUGCGUCGAGUUAAGAAAGCCGAUACUGUCCGGGAAAGGGCGAUAGCCCCUCUCUGAUGCAGUGUAUCUACCAUGGAGCGGGUACAGUCUGACUACGACUCUUAUGCCAUAGAAGAACCCAGUGAUGAGGAGCCAGCAAAUAGCAGCUCUGAGGAUGAACUAGAUGUGCUUUUACACGGGACGCCUGAUCAGAAGCGCAAGUUGAUCCGUGAGUGUCUAACCGGAGAAAGCGAAUCAUCCAGCGAUGACGAAUUUGAGAAAGAAAUGGAAAAUGAAUUGAGCUGUAAAAUGAAGACCAUGGAGGGAAGCUGGCAGCUGGCUGUCCCCGUUGCAUCCACAAGUAGUGGCACUACAACUUCCAAUUCCACUAAGCCCGAGUAUUACGAUGAUGUGUAUUUUGAUUCGGAUUCAGAUGAUGAAAGCUCCAAUGUUGUUCAAAAGAACAAGCAGAGGCGUAAGCCAAAGCACAAGGUUCUUACCAACGACGAGCUUUUGUAUGACCCUAAACAAGAUGACCGAGACCAAAAGUGGAUUGAUGCAAAGAGAAGAAGGUACUGGAACAUGCAGAAACCAAAACAAACACAUCCCCAGCAGUCCAGUCAUCAGGCCUUGCCAUCCAGUGAUGCCAUUUUGAACUGCCCUGCUUGUAUGACAACACUGUGCCUGGAUUGCCAAAGGCAUGAGUCUUACAGAACCCAGUACAGAGCAAUGUUUGUGAUGAACUGCACUGUCAACAAACAGGAGGUCCUUCAAUUCCCUGUUCAGAGCUCCGCAAACAACAAAGGGCGAGCCCGCAAAAAGCCAAAGCACCCUCAAACAGAGACUGAAACAAAGAACAAGGAAACAGAAAUGUAUCACCCUGUUAAAUGCAACGAGUGUUCCACAGAAGUGGCUGUUUAUGACAAGGAGGAAGUGUAUCAUUUCUUCAAUGUUCUUGCUAGCCACUGCUAAGAGACAAAGCACUCAAGUGUUGAUAUUCUGAGCAUUAUUCUCUUCCUAUCUCCAUACGAGGUCCAGCCCACUCUUGCUGUACCUUUUCGUAUUAACCUACUGGUAAAGAACUUGGAAUUUUUUUCACAUUUAGCUGUUGAGUUUUUAGAAAUGACUUAUUUGAGCAUUCAGAAGAAAUCCCAGAAACCUGUAAAGGAAAUCAGACUUGCAAAAUCUUCAGAUGGUGGCUUUGGGUUCUGCGAGUGGCCCUUAACAGAUGGAGUGCCUUUUGUGUGUAUCCAAUGUAUAUAGGGUUAGUCACUUUUUAUUUUAAAAUAUUUUAAAGGGUUAUCAUUUUCUUUUCGUUUUGUCAUCAGUGAUAAAGGAUGACCACGUCAAGUAGGUCUGAUUAAAACUGAAUGGGGUGCUUACAAGGUCUCAGGUUCUCCAUAGCUUUUAUGGAAACGGAACAGCAAACUGUCAAGGGAUUCAAUAAACUGAAAGUUUGCUUGCCUGA